AUGGCCCUUACUCGCCUGAGUGGUUCACUUUCCCAGUAUCACUCGAGAACAUCGGGUUCCUCGGUGCCCAAUUUUAGCAGGAAAGACACCAUUGGGAGCUUGCAGGCACGCAAUUUUCAUAAGUCUUCACACCAAGGCUCAUCAGCCCAACCAGAGGCGUCGCUUGCGCCAGCAGUGUAUAGCCCUCCGCAGACGGGUCUAAUUGCUUCGCUGCCGCAAGCUUGGAUACCAUAUGCGGAAUUGAUACGACUCGACAAACCCACUGGAACUUACUAUCUGUUCUUUCCGUGUCUAUUCUCAACAUUACUUGCAGCUCCGCUUGCUACACCAAUGGCAUCACCCAUGGAAAUUCUCGCAACUACGGGGCUAUUUUUCAGCGGUGCGCUCAUUAUGCGAGGUGCGGGCUGCACGAUAAACGAUCUUUGGGAUAAAGAUCUUGAUCCUCACGUAACACGCACUCGAUUCCGACCCAUUGCACGAGGCGCAGUAACACCCCAGAAGGCGGUUGUCUUCACCGGGUUCCAACUCCUGGCCGGUCUCGCAGUACUUGUUCAGUUCCCUCUACAAUGUUUAUGGUACGGGAUUCCAAGUCUCCUAUUUGUCGCAACCUAUCCAUUAGCCAAGCGAAUCACGAAUUAUCCGCAGGCUGUUCUUGGACUAACCUUUUCGUGGGGGGCAAUGAUGGGUUUUCCAGCGCUCGGCGUGGAUCUACUGAGCGAGCCAGCUGCUCUGGCAACUGCGGCGGCUCUUUAUUCCAGCUGCGUGGCCUGGACGGUAUUGUAUGACAUGAUAUAUGCGCACAUGGACAUCAAAGACGAUGUGGCUGCUGGAAUCAAGUCUAUCGCUCUGCGCCACGAACACAACACCAAGACAGUCCUCUCGGGUUUAGCUGUCACCCAGGUAUCACUGCUGGCACUUGCUGGCUGGGCUUCCGGAGCUGGACCCAUAUAUUUUGCGGGUACUUGUGGGAGCGCCAUAGUCUCUCUGGGUGUUAUGAUCUGGAGAGUGCGCCUGAAGGAUGUUAAGAACUGCUGGUGGUGGUUCAAGAAUGGCUGUUGGCUGACCGGCGGCGGUAUAGCCCUUGGUAUGGCAGGGGAGUAUCUGGGCCAAUAUUUGGGAUACUAUCAAGGAGAAGAGGACGAAAAGAAGCAGGAAGAAGCCAUUUCUGCGUCUUUAUAG